AUGGCUGACCAAACGCCAAAGAUUGACAACAGCAACAACAAGAAUUUGUCACCUCAUCAUACUACAAAUCAUAAUUCUCCCUCUAUCAGCCAGGAUGAGCAAAACAUAAUCGAUAUUCUUGCCAAGGAACAGCACAACACCCCCAAAACAUUCACGCAAAUAUCAUCGGAUGUGCCGAUGAAGUUCGACAUCGAUUAUGAUUAUCAAGCCGAGUCAUUAGAGCUCGAAUUACAAAGACUUAGAGAAUCGCCAAAAUCAUCUGAGCUUUCAUUCACACUGAUGAAUCCUUUCGAGAUCAAUCAAAAUGGCUUGAAGGUGGAAACCGACCGUCAACUUUCAGAUCUUUUUGGUCAAGGAUCCCGACAGCAGAGAUCGAGACUACAAAGUAAACGGUUAGCCAUGUAUUCAGAACCGACAAUUCAGAUGUUUUUUGACCGAUGGGGAAAGGACGUUGUGGCACGUUGGGAACACAAGAGAUUAGAUAUAAGUUUUAUGGUCAGAUUUGCAUUGCAAUUGAACCUCGACCAUCAGGAAGCUCAUUAUGGGAUCUCACCGGAAUAUAAAGAUACGAUAGUGUACGAGAGAUUCAAGGAGAUGACUGGGAAGGAGCGAAAUCAAGCGAUCGAUGAGAUCCACAAGAUCUUAGGGAAGACCGAAGGCACCCGACGCUUAUUUGCAUUUUUGCGCACCUUACGAUAUCACAGUAUUUCCAGGAAUUGGACGAAAUUAAAGCAGUCUUGGAUUAGGGAGGGGAUGAUGACGGGGAGACAGGCGGCGAAUUUAGAGAAGCGUUUCGGACUCUCCGAGGAUCCUGGCUCGAUCGUCGAGAUUCCCACGUCGACUUUAGGUCCAAGAGCCAGCAAGACCAAAAAAGAUUUCAUUGGAAAACUGCAUGUUGUUUACGUGCUCAACAGUAUUUAUGGGGGAGCUAAGGGCAAGGAACGACUGCUAUUAACAUAUUAUCUCCAUGAACGUAGCUAUCCUCGCCGCUGGUGGACAUCAUUUGACCUCGAGACAGCCAGUCGAGAAUUCGGAGUCGACAUUCUCUCGAUGUUGUUGAUAGGAGACGCACUUCAAUUCGGCUCGAAAAAUCUACAGGAUAGUGUCUGGGACAGGUGGAGUCUUGAGCGUGCUUAUUCUGACAUGAUGCUUGUUGUUGACGAGGGAGUUUAUGUGCUACCAUGGGUGGAAUCCGCCGAACGAGCCUGGCUCUACAGGAAUUGUGGCCAGUUAUACCAGGACCGAGUGAGGGAGCUCAGUCUGCGGGUACAUGGUCGCGGUGGGAUGGGCAACUACAGAGGCACAGAGUUGAUCUGGGCUGACUUGGGUCUUAAUGUGAAGAUAUUGAACGAGUAUUAUACCGGGAUCUCCGGGACAGGCCAAUCAGAAGUCAUCAAGCACUUGCAUGGCGUUGUCGAGGAUUGUUCUGAAUACGAGAAGUUGGCCUAUUCGACUUGGCACUCGGAUUUCUGUCUCGUUCCUCCCAAUCCUCAUGUCUCCACGUAUCGUGUUCAUGAACGUUUCGCAUUCGUCUUGGCAGGACAGUUGGAAGGUAUUCGGUACUUCGUCAGGCAUCCUUGGCAGUCACUGAAGAGUAUCUUGAGCACCUUCACCAAAAAUGGAAAGGGAUAUAUUAUGUCGGAGCCCGCCAAGGGUUACUUGAUAAACAUGUUACGUGCCUGA